GAUACACUCAUUCACUUCAGGCUGGGACUCCCGUUGGAGUAACCGGAGGAGAGGAGCGACAAAAAAAAAAAACAAACGACGGACUCUCUCGUGAAAAACUCGCAGGAAAACAACGUGAAACCGAGUCGGAUGCAGACCGGAGGAAACAGCGAGCGGUGCGGAGGGGGGUUGAAGAGCCGUAUCGAUUCAUUUUAAAACGGAACUGAUUGAUCGCUGGCGUGUGCGGUGUGUGUGUUUUCGUUUUGGAAAAAGCCACACACACACACACACACACACACACACACAGUCACAGGUUGCUAGCGGAGUUAACGCUAACCUAGCUAGCCAAGUUAGCUAUCUGCGGUUAGCUGUGUGUAUAUAUAUAUGUGUGUGUGUGUGUGUUUUACUUGGAGGACUUGAAGCAGCCCGGGAAGGAAAGUUAGAAAAGGCGGUGAGGCUCUUUUUUUAUUCCCCCCCUCAGACUGCCUGCUCCAUGGUUCAGUCAUGAUGUGGUGUUUUUUCGGACGUUUAUCAAGUUGGCCGGCUGUUAGCAUCGGCUGACUGAAAGCCUCGUCUCGACCUGUGUGUGUGUUUGUUUGUGUGUGUGUUUGUGUUUGUGUGUUUUUUUUUUUAUUUAAAAGGUGGACUUUGCUCUCAGGGUGUUGUAACUCUGCCCCUAUAUUAAAUAUAUCUUUAAAAGAGCCUCCAUUGAUUCUUCUGUUCGGAGUAUUGCAAAACUUGGCUGGAAGUUUUUUUUUUUUCUAGCUUUUUUUUUUGGGAGGUAAAAAAAAAAAGUUGGGAAGUUGAGGAGGAUUUUUCCGAGCCUGUGGAAAAAUGGAUGCGGGUAUAGAGAAGGAAUGCAGCGCCUUGGGAGGGCUCUUCCAGCUCAUCAUGAACGACAUGAAGGCCAGUUAUCCUACAUGGGAGGACUUUGUAACCAAAGGAGCCAAGCUACAAUCACAGCUCAGGACGACCAUCGUGGUGACUGGAGCCUUCCUGGAUGCUUUUCAGAAGGUGGCAGACAUGGCGACUGGGACCAGAGGUGCCACCAAGGACAUCGGCUCAGCGCUAACCAGGAUGUGUAUGAGACACCGCAGCAUCGAGUCCAAACUCAAACUGUUCACUACAGCUCUCUCAGAAAGUCUUAUUACUCCGCUGGAGUUGAAGAUGGAGGAGUGGAAAAAGGUGGCCAGUCAGCUGGACAAAGAUCAUGCUAAAGAGUACAAGAAGGCCAGAGCAGACAUCAAGAAGAAAUCGUCAGACACCAUCAAACUGCAGAAGAAGGUGAAGAAAGGGAAGGACGAGGCUCGGGGCCAGCUGGACAGCGCGCUGCAGGACGUCAACGUGCGUUACGCCGUCCUAGAGGACACGGAGAAGCGGGCGGUGUGCAGGGCGCUGAUAGAAGAAAGGGCGCGCUACUGCAGCUUCGUCGGCAUGCUGAAGCCUGUACUGGACCAUGAGAUCAACAUGCUGGGUGAGGUGACCCACCUGCAGACCAUUCUGGAAGAUCUGACCAAUCUGACAGCUGAGCCCAAUAAACUUCCACCAGCCAGCGAGCAGGUGAUUUUGGACCUGAAAGGUUCUGAUUUCAACUACACCUAUCAGACACCUCCAGCUUCUCCCAGUAAUACUCUGUCCAGGAAGAGCAGCAUCAGCAGUAACUACCAGUCUGGUUCAGUGAGACACGUUCCCUCUUUGGACUCCAUCAGCUGUGCUGUCGAUGGAGUACACAUCCAGCGCUGCUCCUCCCCCUAUCUGCUGAUUGGCUGUGAUGAAACUGGGCGGUCCCUGAGCGAAGGGAACUCCCCCUCUCGCCUCGGUCGUCAGGGCAGCCGUGGUCGCUACGGUUACGCUGCCGGCCAUGGCCACCACCCCGCGCUGAGCCACCGCGUUAGCCGCAGGGAUAUGACCACCGACGCAGUUGGCUCCACCAAUCAGCUUGCAGCUGCGGGUAGUGGAGGGGCAGAGAACGGCAUGUUGGCCCCCCCACACAACGCCUACACACACCACGGAGAGAGAGCUCGAGCCAUGUCUGCUUCUGGGAAGUCAUGCUCGGCCCGGGAUCAGCUGGCUCUGACGUUAGGUGCGUUGAAUUCGGACGGCCAGAGGAGCAGCAGGGACUCUCUGCACUGUUCCAGUGGCUACAGCACGCAGACCACCACCCCGUCCUGCUCUGAGGACACCAUACACACACACACUGUAAAGAGAGAUCCUCCCCUCUAUGUCGACUACGAGUCUAUCUCUCUCCACGGGGACGCCGACUCCAUCUCCUUACAUCACCUCUCCCACGGCAACAACCAGUCUGACUUUGACAAGUCCUCCACCAUCCCAAGGAACUCCGACCUCAGUUUCCAGUACAGGAAGUUUGCUCAGUCCAAGCGCCCCUCCUCCACUGUCAGCCUAUUGGCUGAGCCCGAAUUGAUGGGCAGGUCGGUUCACCAGCUGCCGUCCCACACGGCAACCAUCAGGCGCAAACCGUCGUCCAAGCCGGCGUAUCGCAGGGGCACGAUCAGCGGAGGGGUUCCCAUCCCCAUCAGCACCCCACAGGUUCCCCUUAAAGCUUUUGCAGGAAAUGGCGGGAGCGAUGAGAACGUCUUCACAGCGCCCGCUGCUGUAGGAGCAGGAGGUCUAGGUUACAGUAAACUCUGCACCUCCACGCAGAGCCUCAGUGCCUUGCCUCCCUCCUCUUCCUCCCCGUACUACCAGCUGGUCCCUGGUCAGAUGCCCAUACCGGUGCCCGUACCCACUGUACCCUCCCUGCCACCGGAGGGCAGCAGUGCCAAACAGCAACAACAGAGACAGUACCAGCAACAACUACAGCAACAACAGCAAAUCAACCAACAACUGAACCAUCAGCAACAACGCAGUCAACUACAGCAGCAGCAGCAGCAGCAGCAUUAUCAGCAACAGUUUCAAGAACAACAGCAACUACAACUACAGCAACUACAGCAACAUCAGCAGCAGCAACAUCAGCAGCAGCAGCAACAACUACAGCAACAGUUUCAACAACAGCAGCAACAAUAUCAGCAGCAGCAGCAACAACUACAGCAACAGUUUCAACAUCAACAAUCACUGCUUCAGCAACCCCAGCAACUGCAAAAUCAACAAGGUCAGUAUCAGCAGCAAGACCAGCAUCAGCAACAUCUGAACCAGCACCAACAACAGCUGAGCCAGCAGCAGAAACAGCUUCUGUUCCAGCAGCAGCAGCAGCAGCAGGCCCAGCUCCAGGCCUCUGCUUCCCAGGGAGAGCCCUCCAGUCUAGGCCACAGCGCUCACUAUCAGCCCCAGGCUCCUCCACCCUGCAGCCAGGACCAGAACCCGGAGCAGCUGGUCCAGGCGGAAGGAGGAGACAUGCUGACCAAAAUCAGAGGAGUCAAGCUCAAAAGGACCCUCACCAACGAUCGCUCCGCCCCUCUCCUGCCUCCUCCGACCAAUCACAAAUGAGGCUGAACGAGCGACGCUUUUGCUUCCCUGCAGGUUUAUUAGUUUAAUGGCACAGAGCAAAAUCACACACACAGACUUCCUGUUAUAUACAGAUUGUGGACUGAUUAUUGCUGGAACUCGACACGUGUCUUCUUUUCUAAAGUUCUGCUUCCUUUUAAGCUGUUUAGAUUUCUGUUUGUUUUAAACCAUUCUGAGACUUUCUUUGUCGUUAUUUCCUGUUGCUGCAGCGACCAUCUUUUUGCCUUUGUUUUUUUUGUUUUGGUUCGUGUUUGCAUUUCGAUUGUGCAUAAAGUUUUUGUCUGACACAGUCUCACCCAUAGAACUGUUGAUUGUUUUAGUUAGUACUCACUUCCUGGUCAGAUGAUCGUUACGUGGCUGGUUAAUUAGCCAGACAGGAAGCUUUUAGUGUCUCAGAUCCUCUUCAGUCCUGGGUGUGUUUGAUUUGCCUGUUGUCUAGAGUCCCAGACGGGUGGGGUUUAGUAAUUAGUCCAGUAGCUCCCUCCACUGUGUCACAUGGUUGAACCAUGCUGUGUGGAGGUUUUAAUUUGCUGGCUGUGGGUCAGUGCUGGUCCAGUGUGAGUGACAGUUCAGUCGUCUGUUCCAGGUUAACUCAAAGAGCCGAACACCGAACCCGACGCUCAUAACUCUUGAAUAAAACAUCGACGGGGUCUGUUGAUUGUAAAUAUGUUCCAACAAAAAAAAAAAGAAGAAAAAAAGCUUUGGGGGCACCUGGGGAGGAUGGAUGUUUUGCUUAAUGGCAUCUUGUUAAAGGUCAUUCACUUUUAUUGGAACUGAAGACGAGUCACAGUUUUGAUUCCCUCACCUUCAAGUGGCAACAGUUUCCUCUACUGGGACGCCCAAUGGACGACUACAGUGUGUGCAAAAGGAUUAAAAACGUUACUGUGUGCGAAUUCCUGGUUUAAUGUGUAAAUAAGUAGCUGGUUAAUACGAGGAAUAAUAGCGAGAAGACAGUGGUUCGUUUGCAACUUUUAGAGGCAACGCUGUUGUUCUAGGAGAAAGCAGACCGGGAACUAUGGCUGACGUCAUUGCUGAGAACAUAGCGGGCUAUGAGAAGCAGAACUGUUAAAAAUAGUCAGUCACAGCUGCUGGGGACGUACAGGUCUGUGCAGGUUUGAAGGCAGCGAUCAUUAGAUACAGCCACUGUGUUGGAACAUGUAGUUGAACUUUCUGCUACCACUUUUUAAAUCAUUUAAUAUUUUGAGCCCACACAAGAUUAGUGAGGCGGAUAUCAGCCAAUAUUUUCUUUUUAACAUAAAUAUAACAACAAUGUUGAUAAGGAACCCUUAAAUUUGGUUAAGAAUUGUGACCAAGAUAUGUACUGAUUGGACAAACUAUGUAAUGUAGACACAGUUUCCCAUCAACCACAUACAUAUUUGGCAUUUCCGGUAAACAUUGGACAACAUAUGCAACAGUACAUACACAUUAAGUUGCAUCAAAUGAUGUCUGACUUCUAUCAACUGUUGUGAGUCACCGGAAAGAACAAUAACGACACUAGAGGCAGAACAAUAAAUCGUCUUUUACCUGCGAACAUGUCGGCUAAAAAAUAUGUCGGUACGGAAUUGCCGUGUGUUUUAAUUGAUUUAGAAACAGUGUGUCCGCUACAUAGUUUGUCCUUUAAAGAGCACUGACACAAUCUUUUUGAAUUAGUUUUAUUUUUACACUGUAAAAUGUCCAGUUCAGUACAUUUCUUUGUCACAAUAACGAACAAUCAUCAGUUUAAGGGCUCUUCAACUCUUAGAUACAAUUACGGUGUCACUCAGUCUUUGCACAGUAAAUAUGCUGGCGAUGAAGUAUUGUUUGACCAACAGCCUGAAACCAAAAGAUAUUCAGUUUACUGUCACAUAAAGUGAAAUCAGAAAUUUCUCAGACUUCAGAAGCUGAAUCUUGUUGAUCAGCUAUUUGUUUCAGAUCAGUUAUUUAAUCAACCAGUUUAAACUGACAUCUUCACACUCACAAUAUAACGUCAGUUUUUAUAUAUUCAGCAGGUAGACGGAGGAAGAGCGCUCCUUUGUCACUCCUCCAGCACGGUGGCGUUUCCAACUGUUAGAAAACUGCAAACCUCUGCUGACAGGUCUCUGAUUUACCCUUGAAAUGCAAAAAUCAUUGACUUUUACUGUUUAAAGUUCACAAUAAAAGUGAAUGUUUAAUAAAGACACUGCUAGAGUUUGAUUUUGUUUGAGUGUUUAAAUGCAGCUCGCUCACUGACAUUCUGUUCAGUCAGCAUUUGAACUGGAAAUCCUCCAACUCAGCAGAUUUACCUUCUUUGAAAUAGCGGCUUUACAGCCAAUCAGAGCGCAGCACUGUGAGGACUGUGUGUUUGCGUUCAACUUUUAGCUUUAAAUUAAACUAUAUUUAUCUACAGAGUUUGGUUGGGCUCCAAUAGCUGGUUCUAUUUUGGAUCCCGGUCUAAGUUGGUAAAAUAUCUGUUAAUUUGUUAAUCUGUACUCCUUUUAUCUCCUCGCUCUCUGUUUCUCUUUUUUUGGCUGAGAUCAUGUGUACAAUAAGCUGAUUCCAGACCUUUCAGCCAGAGCUGAUCAAAGCAGCUUUAGAAGUUGAGAAGUUAGUCUGAAAUCAGCACAUUUCUUGAGUCAUCGUGAGCAAAAUAACCCCCCCGAACAUGAGCCUGACUUCAGACUUGAAUUAUGACACGAGUGGUUUCAGAGUUGUUAAAAGACGUGUUGCCUCUAAAAGUUGCCUGUCGAGCGUGGACUUCAUACGAUAGGCUGUCAGAGCAGGCCGGGACGCGGGGCCGUAGAUACUACUGAGGACUGAGGUUGUGUCCUCGGUUGGGGAAUUUGGGAGGUUAAACGACGAGAGGAGGAGUUUAUCAGAGCUUUUUAACUAAUCCAUUAAAUCCAAAGUCCAAAGAUAUUCAGCUUACAAUAGCAGAAACAAACAUUUGCAUUUGAAAAGCGAGAACCAGAAGAGUUUUGGUGUUUUGCUUAAAGAAUGUCUUAAAAGUUUAAAAGAUUAUAAAAAUUGUUGCUGUUUCUGUUGAUCGACUCGUUUCUGUUAUAUUUUUAGACCAAAUAACUGAAUGUGAUAUUUUCAGUAAGACACGAAAGUUAAAAUAAAAGUAAUUUAGCAUUUUCCAACAGAGUUACAUACUUGAAGGUGAAGAGGAGGCUAUGAUGCUUAAUGCUGUAUAUUUUCUUUAAAUACUCACAAAAUUGAACAGAGUUUGGUUGGUGGCUCGUCAAACAUUUCCUCCAUGUGUGGGACUUUAUGGCUCAGGACCUCCAGUAUUUCUCAAAUCCUGGCUACGGCCCUGCUGGAAAUCUGAGGCCAUCUGCAUGCUGGGAAAUGCAGUCCAGUCUCUGGUCAGCUGGUCCUGGUCUGUUCUCAGAGAAACCUUUCUGCGUAUUUAGGAAUCUCCUGCAGCUGAUUAAAGUGUUUUAUGUUGAUGAUGAGACAGAGAAGCUUCCUUCUGAACAGUCUGAGAGCUUCUGAUAUUCAUUUGAUUGAUUGAUUGAUUGAUUGGACCCAAGCCCCACAGCAAGUGUGUGUGUAUAUAUUAGUGCUUCUAUUCCUGGGAGAGAUCUAAAUCUAUAUAUAAAAAUGUAUGUAUACAUAUCCUGAUUGUAUUUUUGUUGAUUUAUUGAUCAGACGAUGUGAUCAGACGUGACACCGGCAUCAAUCGUCACUCGUCAUAUUUUUGUAGAAAAGCUUUAAUGGAUGAAACCCAGUGAACUUCCUGAUGUUUGAGGAUCUGAAACCCGAUUGGAUGUCUGACUGUCGAGCAGCGAACGAAGGACUAAACGGACGACUUGAACCAACAGAAUGUAGAAAUGUCUUGUUUUUCAUCUUUUGAUGUUCACUGUGGGAUCAAUAAUAAUAAUAAUAAUAAUUGAUUCAUCAA